UCCUGCUAGUAGCGGUUAGAGGAGUAGGGAUACUGCGCAUGUCCGAAACUGACAAAUAUGACUGCAGCUCCAACAUCUCAAGACAUCUGACCAAACCAGUAGGUCCAACAGGCCUCAACUGCAGACCACGUGUAUGGCGUCCUGUGGGCAAGCAGUUUGCUGAUGUCAACAUUGUGAACGGACUGUCCCAUGAUGCCGGUGGGGUUAUGUGACGCAGCGGUGUAAGGCACUGCAUCUCAGUGCUAGAGGUGUCACUACGGACCCUGGUUCGAUCCCGGGCUGUAUCACUUCUGGCCGUAAUCGGGAGUCCCAUAGGGCGGAGCACAAUUGGCCCAGCGUCGUCCGUGUUAGGGGAGGGUUUGGCCUGGUAAACAUCAUGGGUGGUUGAGAGACACCCUGGACUUAUUUGUUGUGAAGAGGACAGAAGGAUAGUUAGGCUAAGCUAUACUCAAGACCCCUCAGCCGCAGUCCAGAAGAUACUGCAGCCAUGGCUGAGGAGGACUACGGCUGCUUUGUGGACUGGACCCAGAUGGGGGACCUGGCCAACAGCAGUGGCCCCUCCAAACUGGAUGUCAAGGACCCAUUGGAGCUCAAGAAACUGGCCAGGCAGGGCCACUGGGCCAAGAACCACAAGCUUCGUGCCCAGGUUUACCAGCAACUCAUCAAGGCCAUCCCCUGUCGCACCGUCACCCCCGAUGCUGAGGUCUAUCGUGACCUCAUGGGGGACAGCACAGGUAAAAAAGCCUCGUCCGUCAUCCCACUGCCGGACUUUGUGGACGGCAGCGCUGUUCCGCACUACUGCCUCAAAGCAGACGCAGUGACCACCGUCCACCGGGUCAUCUCCUGUCUGGCUGGCCAGUUCCCGGACAUCUCGCACUGCCCGGCGCUGCCCGCCAUAACGGCCCUCCUGCUGCACUUCAGUGCCGACGAGGCGCAGUGCUUCGAGAACAUCAGCCGUCUGCUGGCCUGCAACGAGCCAGGCCGACGCUUGGUGGACCAGACCUUCCUGGCCUACGAAUCCAGCUGCAUGACCUUCGGCGACCUGGCCAACAAGUACUGCCCGGCCGCCCACAAGUUGAUCGUGGCCACAGCGCAGGACGUGAUGGAAGUGUACUCGGGCUGGCAGCGCUGGGUGCUGGGCGACCUGCCCUUCAGCCACGUGGCCCGGGUACUAGACGUCUUCCUGGUGGAAGGAUACAAGGUGUUGUAUCGCGUGGCCCUGGCCCUGCUCAAGUUCUAUCGCAAGCAGAAAGCCGGGGCUGGAGCUCAGCCAUCAGAGGGCCAGAAACAGGACUCUGCAGAGGUCAAGGCGGAGAUCCAGACCUUUGUCAAAGCCAUCGGCUCCAGCAUCACCCCGGACAAGCUGCUGGAGAAGGCCUUCUCCAUUCGCCUGUUCAGUCGCAAAGAGAUUACCCUCCUGCAGCUCGCCAAUGAGAAGUCGCUGCAGCAGAAGGGUAUCACCGUCAAACAGAAGAGGCGCAACGUGCAGCUGGCUCUGAACCCGGACACCUUCUCCUCGGAGGUGGUCAGCGCCAAGGAGAUGAGGGACAUCUGGUCGUGGAUCCCCGAGCGCUUCGCCCUGUGCGAACCGCAGCUUCUCUUCACCACGUCCACCCACGGCUGCAGCCUCAACCGGUUUUACGCUCAUGUUGAAGGGUAUGAGCCCACUCUGCUACUCAUCCGGACCUGCGAAGCUGAUGUAUGUGGAGCCUUUCUCUCAACCGAUUGGGAGGAGCGCAAGCGAGGCGGGAACAAACUCAGCUUCUUUGGGACCGGAGAAUGUUUUGUCUUUAGGCUGAAGCCGGAGAUGGAGAGGUAUGAGUGGGUGGUGAUCCGCCACCCGGAGCUGGCUUCCUCCAUCAAGGCCCAGAGCAGUGAGGACCCUGCUGAGGACGAGGCUCCCACCGACGGGCAGAGCUCUGAUGACAACAGCCUCCCCGUGGAGAGGCCGGCCGCUGACCCCUCCAACCGCCUGUCACCCUUCCUCUCGGCCCGACACUUCAACCUCAACUCCAGAAACACCUCCAUGUUCAUGGCCGGCAACGUUGACUCCAUCAUAGUGGGGGGAGGAGAGGGCAACGCGCUGUACAUCGACGGUGAACUGAACCACGGGCGCACAGCCCGCUGCACCACCUUCGACAACCCUCCGCUCUGCUCCACCGAGAGCUUCCAGGUGGCCCUGCUGGAGGUGUGGGGCUUCCAGGACGCCAUGGCCUCAGAUAGAUAGACACAUACACACACACACACACACAAACCCCACCAAAGGCCUGAUGAAGGUACCUGCAAUAUCAGAACAAACCCCUUUCCAUCCAGUAAAUUAAUUUAUCCUUUGAAUUCUAUACAUAAAUGUGAAAUAUUUGUAAUUAUUAAUGUAAAACAAGUAUCGUAUUCUGAAAGUAUCUUUUAUUUGUGGUAAUUUUUUUUUUACAGAUGUUUAAUUGUUGUAUUACUCUUUUUGUUGACUCAUUCGGGGGAUUAUAAGGACGAAAAGCAGCUCUGUUGUUUUAAAAAGGCUUUGUCUGGUAUUUUUAUCAAAUGCCAUGGAUUUACACACUCAAGUAACUUGUUUCAUUUCUAUAGUCACUUCAUAUCCACUCAUUCAUUUGUGCAAUCUGGUUAGGCGCUUAACCAACUGCCAAAAUCGUAGUUAGUAGGCCUGUAAGUCUAAGAACAUAUGCCGUUUACCCAGCUGUCAGAGAACUGGGGUCUAUGAAAAUGAAUUGCACAAAGCGAAGUGUGUAUUUGGUGAAGAAUGUUGAAUUGUGGGGUCUUUGCAAUCAAAAUAGCAGAGUUCAAGUAAUGCAGUCGUGACCUAAGUCGUGCCAGGUUUCAUUGUCUUUCAUCAAGCCCCGUUGUGCUUUUCCCUCUGACUGUACAUGUCUGGGAGUUAUUACUCUAUAUCAGAUUAACUGUGGUUCUGUUGGUGGAUACUUGUGUAAACUUGACGUUUCAGUGUAGCCUGGUCCCAGAUCUCAUUGUGCCAUCUUACUGAACCAUCUCCUAUGGUUAUUCAUUGUCGUAGCAAACAUGACAAUUGGCUAUACGGUACAAACAGAUCUGGGACCAGGCUAGUUUCAGUCUGGUUGUUGUGCAGACCAUAUUCUCGCCAGAUGUACUCUUGCUUCUGCACACAGCAGUAAAUUAGAAAAAAAUACCCCUUUUAAAGUAUGCGAAUAUCGUACUUUGAUUGUUUUGUUUUUUUGAUACUGUAAAAGUGUGCGACGAAGACCAUAUCCACGUCCCUCCCAUUUAGGUUCACAACCUGUAGUUAAACUAUGUGUCAGUAAUGCAGCAUUCAUCUGUCUUUCUCUAUCCGUCCCUCUCCUUUAACUCUGAAACGUUAUCAUCCAAAAAGGAGCAGAAAAUGUCAGUUAUUUGGCAGAGACUCAACUGUAUAUCAUUGAAUAUCUUUGUCGUGUUGAAGUCCUCCAGUGAAGUAUCGAUAAAAAUAAAAAAAAUACAGAUGUAUCAAAUAUGUGAAAGUAAUACACUUUGAAACAAGUAAUAUAUGUCUGUCAUGUUUUAUUGUUCAUUAUUUUUCACUUUCAUUGUUUUUUUUUGAUAGCUUUGCACGCAUGUGCCCCUACCCAUUCGACUGUUCUUUCUCCAUGACUUCGGGGUGAAAGGAGGGUAGUAGUCUUGAACCCUGUCACAUAAAUGUGUCAGUUGCCUUUCACAGUCCCAGAAUCGAACCAUUAGCCUAGCCUGACGACUCGCCCUCUAUUCUGCCACUUCUCUGUGGUUCGCGACAGGCUUUAGUCUGAGACUGCCAUCAUUGAAGUCGUUUGUGGUGACGAGGGGUGUUGUACAAAAAAAAGUCAACAGCGACUGGAUCAGCGCUAGCCAAUAAGAAUAUCACAGCCAAUGGUGAAAUUUCAAACCGCUGCAUUUACCCAAGUGUGUUCUGGCUCAACCCAUCAGAUUCUGGACCAAUUAGGCAGCCCCGAAUGUAUUCACAUUCGGUGAAGGGUCAGGGAGGUACUCAGAUCCAGACACACUGGGCGAGUUUGCGUGGUAAGGCGGAAGUCGAAUAUAGUCAAAGGAAGGUAUACGACAAUGGCAGACAUGUUGUUGGCCUUCUUUUAUGCCGAUGAAAUUGAUGCCAGUGAAAUUCCACUUCUACACAAAGCUGAACGUGAUCAACAUGAUCCAAGGAAUGAAUAUCCUGAUAAGGAAAUUAGAUACCAGCCCCAAGCUCUUUCACAAGUCUUGUUCUAUAUUUCUGUGAUGGUUUUUCACAAAAUAUUACCUGGUAGUGAGUGCAUAGGCUACUAGAAUGAAAACAUAUCAGUAUUUUUGCAGCAUAUGGGAUUUGCUCUGUUUGUCAUUACUUCAUGCCCUUGUACCUUCCUCAUUAUUUGUGAUUGUGCAACAUGGAAUUGUAACAGAUGUCAUUAAAUGGAGUCCACAAAGCUU